CUUUCUUUUUUUACUUUAACCCACAAAGCCCAAACCCUCCAUUUUUAUUUUCUCUCAAAUCUCAACCAUUCUUUGUAACUAUUUCGAGAUUCAAAAUUUCCACUAUAUGCUAUUGCUUUCAAUUCCAUUUCUACUCCAUUACAAGUAUUUGAUCUUUUUAUAAAAGAACGUGCCUUUUCUUUAUUGAGGAAUAUGUUUCUAUAAAUGAUUCUAAGCUUUCAUUACAUACCCAUUUCCUUUCAAAGUUGAGGGUGCGAAUUUUUUUUUUUCUUUUCCUUUCUUUGUUUUUUUGGGUAAAUGUAAUUAUUGACAUGGGUUCGAGCUUGAAUCAAUGGGAAUCGGACCCUUUGUUUUCUGCAGCCGAGGUUGUCCAAGACUCUGCAGACAGGAUGGAAUCAAUUUUCCGACUUUUGUUGCAUGAGCGAAGUCUUGUUCAAGUUGAACAUCCAGACCCAAAGCUUCUUUUGUCACUUGAUUAUCAUAGGCGUGAUCUUGCAACAACCCUUGAAACAGCAAAAUGGCAGUUGGAAGAUUUUGAAAGAGCAGUCAACUUGUCAUCAAUGAAAGACAAAUCUCAAAUGCGGGAAGACAUAACUUCCGGACACAAGCAAUUUGUCAGAGCCAUCAGGGAACAAAUCAUUCAUGUGGAGAAAAACGUGGAGGAUACUUCAUUGCGAGUUCCCAUGAGAAAUACCGAGUGGGUUAACUUGAAUGAACAAGAUAGAGAUGGGUUAGCAUUGUUUCUUUCUGGGGGAAAUCCUAACGAAAACUUCAAUCGUUAUGAUUCAGAAGACAGUAGUAUGUUGAAAAGAUUUAUUGAUCCAACCACAGCAUCAAGUUCAAAAGACAGUGUGUCUGGGCUCAUUGAACACAGCAGCAGAGAAAUUGAAAACCUGAAUAUUAAUGGGGUUUCACAUAUCAACCACAACCUUGAUCCCAGGAAGGGGAAUAACCUGAGGAGGGUGGGCUCUCAUUAUUCUACAAAGUUGGGUUUUGAAGCACCAGAUUGUCUUCAAGAGACCUCUUGUAUCAGACAUGGUGAAGAUGAGAGUUGGGACCUGGAAGCUAAUGAACGCAAACCUAAAAACUUCUUCCAUGAGAACAAGUUGCGAGGAAUUCAGAGCAGAUUGAAUGUAUUUGGUUUCUUGAAUAACUUAUGGACAGCAUCUGUGAACAGGGUCACUAGGAAUUAUACGAAGAGGUUAAAAGAUGGAGAAGAGCAAAGGGAUUCCCCAACAUACAUUGACGUUUCUCAUGGGGCACAGGGUCAGCAUUUAGCUUCUGGAUAUAGCAAUUCCCAAGGAAUAUACUCAAGUGUGUUGACAAAGGUUAUGAUCUUGUGCAACUGGCUUGGGGCAUGUUGGGCAAGAUAUCAAAGAUCUCCCUUCUAUGUUCAAGUUAAUAAAAAAUCAAUUCCAUUGAUAUUGAUGAUAUUAUUUAUAGUCAUAAUUUUAGGUAUGUUGGUAUCCCGAAUAGCUUAAGGGCUGUAUUUUUUGGUACAUACUACUAUCCAUGUAUAGGGAUGUCUUUGCAAUGCCUUAGCGAUGGUGGGAAUUAUUGGUUCUGAACUGCUAAUUUUCCUACUUCCUGACAUCCAUUUUUCUUGCCUGGGUGCAAACAACUAAUCUGUUCUCUGUAGACAUUUCUGUACCUUUGGGCAUCAAUUUAUACCAUUCAUUGAUCAUGUGAUCAUCAUCGUUUCUACUAGCAAUGCAUAUUUGAAAGUUUUAGACUGAUUUAUACAGCACUUGUCUGUAAAAAACUGGUAUUGGUUUUGCUAAUGGGUGUUGCUGAUGGGUUUUUACACAGGUUACAAUUGCAGGCUUUGCUUUUUAGCACUGCAUGUGUUGA